CUUAAUAAAACCAGUUCUAGUUUCUACACGGGUAGUGAUGCGAUUUUGGUUGCAGAGAAAGCAGCUUUUACAUAACUUUCAUCCAUUUAAUUUGAUAUCAAAUCUGGGAUUUAUUCUGGCGGUCAAUGCGUGGAAGCUAUAAAUAGGACCUAGUACAUCUGUUUUGCUCGUCUUCAUCAGACUUUCGAGACACACGGAGUUGGGCGCGCGUGUGCAUGGUUACAGGUUAUAGGCGGGAGCCAAAAACGAAUUUAUCCGGGAACCACGGCACUUGUAUACGGGUGGACAGUAUCUACAAUCGGUGUUUUGGAUUCCCAGGGUUUUAAAUAUUGUCAAACUCGUCCUUAUCAUCUUUACACCCACUCCGGAUGUAUUCCCACAUCCCUGUUGUGUAAUUUAGUUGAUGCCCAGCGCUUUUGUGCGCAACUUUACAUCUGGGUUGUCAGAAGAAAAUCACAAGGAGAUCCCUCGCACUAGUCAGGUUGCCUUGUUGUCAACCCGCCUUAUUGUUUUGCUGCGACCAAAGCGACAGUUUCCUUGAAGGUUUGGAUUUCAGCAAUGAGAGAGCGAUGGGAUUUAUCACAUUAUCUAGCGGUGUUCUUCUCGUUGAUGGUACUGUGGCAGUCAAGAUCAAUAGUGGAAUCGUCUGCAUAUGCUUCAGAGGCCUUCAAAAACAACAUCACUCUGUUCACCCGGAUCUUGGACCGCCUUCUGGAUGGCUAUGACAACCGAUUACGACCUGGACUUGGAGAUCGGGUGACGGAGGUGAAGACGGAUAUUUAUGUCACAAGUUUCGGUCCAGUGUCAGACACAGACAUGGAGUACACUGUGGACGUGUUCUUCCGUCAGAGCUGGAUUGACGAGCGGCUGAAGUUCAACGGGCCCAUGAACAUCCUGCGGCUGAACAACCUGAUGGCCAGUAAGAUCUGGACGCCCGACACCUUUUUCCACAACGGGAAGAAAUCUGUGGCUCACAACAUGACCAUGCCCAACAAACUGCUCCGGAUCAUGGAGGAUGGAACACUGCUGUACACCAUGAGGUUAACGGUCCAGGCAGAAUGUCCCAUGCACCUCGAAGAUUUCCCCAUGGAUUCCCACUCCUGUCCACUGAAGUUUGGCAGCUAUGCCUACACAAUGGCCGAGGUGACGUACAUUUGGACCCGAAACGCAUCAGCGUCAGUGGAGGUAGCACCAGAUGGAUCCAGACUGAACCAGUAUCGCCUUCAGGGACAAACUGUGGGGACAGAGACCAUUAAAUCAAGCACUGGUGAAUACACUGUCAUGACGGCCCACUUCCACCUGAAGAGGAAGAUUGGCUACUUUGUGAUCCAGACCUACCUGCCCUGCAUCAUGACCGUCAUCCUCUCCCAGGUCUCCUUCUGGCUCAACCGAGAGUCUGUACCCGCCAGAACUGUCUUUGGUGUGACCACUGUGCUCACUAUGACGACUCUCAGUAUCAGUGCCCGUAACUCUCUGCCGAAGGUGGCCUACGCCACGGCCAUGGAUUGGUUCAUUGCCGUGUGCUACGCCUUCGUGUUCUCUGCCCUCAUCGAGUUUGCUACCGUCAACUACUUCACCAAAAGAGGCUGGGCCUGGGAUGGCAAAAGUGUGGUGAACGUCAAGAAGAAGGAGGCGUCCGCCAUGAAGAAGAACAACGCCUAUGCCGUUGCUGUGGCAAACUAUGCCCCAAACGUCACCAAGGACCAAAGUGGUCUGCCCACCAUCUCCAAGAGCGCCACCUCUGACCCCAACAAGGCCAAGCCAGAGGUCAAGCCAGAGCAGAACAAGAAGACCUUCAACAGCGUCAGCAAAAUCGACCGUAUGUCCCGGAUUAUGUUCCCCGUGCUCUUCGGUGGUUUCAACCUGGUCUACUGGGCCACCUACCUGAACAGAGAACCAGUCAUAAAGGACAUGGUCCCGUCCAAAUGAGUGCAAAAUAUUUUUAUUUUGCAAAGAGACAGGACUCACUUUAUGCUGCCGGCUCAUGACUGAGGAUCUGUGUGUGAGUUAGGCUACAUGGAGCUGUGGCAUGCACUGGAGUCAGUAUGAUUGCUUUCUAUUGCAGGUGCAUUCAUUACAAGGAGAUAGGCGGGUAAAUUUUAACAAUUUUCUAGUUAAAUUGUCAUUUAUACUUGUAAAAGAGGUUAACAUUAACUUUAAAGUGGUGUAAGGAUUUUAUAUUUAUAUAAAGAAAGAAACCUCUGAUGCUUUAUCUAACUUCUAUUUGAGGUUCUGAUUAAUGAACCUUAAAGAAAACAACGGCCAUGACUGAAUCAACACGAGAACUAGUGACCAAAUCCUUAUUAUAACCCUUUAUUGAAGACUCCUGUACUAGAAAGCACAGACACCAAUUUCCUGUUUUUGUUCCAUUAUUAACCCUCACCAUGCCCAUCAUAUCUUACAUACUGUACAUGUUCACGUUUGAGCUUUUCUUUAUGUUUAUUGUCUCAAUUCACACAUUGGAAGGAAGUACGUGAUUUCCUGUUGUUUCCAAUUUCAUGAGCAAUGUAGCCUUCUUCUCUGAUGUAGAUCAAAGGCCCCAAUAUCAUCAUGUUAAAUGCUUUACAUUUGGUCAUAUCAAGUCCAUCAAGUAGCACUUUAUUUAGUAUUGCAUAGUUUGUUAACAAUUAAGUUAAUUAAUGGGUUCUUAUUUUUUUGUAUAUUUUGUGUGAUUGAGGGCAUCAAGGUUGUCUCUAUUGAUCACUCUUUUAACUCCAUCAUAUGAUCACAUUUCUGUUUUAGCCAUGGGUGAGGGCACUAUACCAUGGCAUUUCUGUUGUAAGUAAAUAUGUAGUUUAGUGGAAAUUGUUACUGUGUUGUACACAAAUUUGGUAUAUUUAAAGAUGUGGCACAAAAUAGAAAAUAAAAAAAUACAUGUUUAUUGUCACACACCGGCUAGGUGCAGUGAAAUGUGUUGCUUUACAUGAUCAGCCAUAGUCCCCUUGAACUGAACAGGUGUUUCUUGCGGUGUCCCGUGAGUUACCAUUACCAUAUUAAUGGCAUUUCAGUUUGACAUGGCAGCGAUAACAAACAAAAAAUCCAAUGAAAAAUACCUAUCAUGAGCUGUCACAACUAGAUACCCUAUGUUGUUGUCUUAGGUGUCUAUUUAUAUGGUGUUGUGGUGUCUCUCUUGUCGUGAUGUGUGUUUUGUCCUAAAUUGUAUUUUUAAUCCCAGCUCCCCGCCCGAGGCCUUUUGCCUUUUGGUGGGCCGUCAUUGAAAAUAAGAAUUUGUUCUUAACUGACUUGCCUAGUUAAAUAAAGGUUAAAUAAAUAACAAAUCAAAAUUC